GGUUUGUGAGGUUGUGAGGAUUCAAGCUAAGGUGUUCAGAACAUGUGCAAUAGAAAGUGAAAGGGGCAAGGAGGUUUUGCCGGCUUUGGGGAUUGAGUAUAUUCAAAAUAUUCAGAUUAUUGCUCUAUGCGUAACAUGGUUUCCUCCUUUAUAUGGAAUGCUGAAAAUUAAUGUUGAUGGGGCUUCUAAAGGGAAUCCUAGUAGAGCUGGGGGUGGAGUAGUG